AUGGGCCACGAAGACGCCGUCUACCUUGCCAAGCUCGCCGAGCAGGCUGAGCGAUAUGAGGAGAUGGUUGAGAACAUGAAGAUUGUCGCUGGUGAGGAUCGAGAUCUCACUGUUGAGGAGCGAAACCUUCUCUCCGUUGCCUACAAGAACGUCAUUGGCGCCCGCCGUGCCUCCUGGCGCAUAGUCACCUCUAUCGAGCAGAAGGAAGAGUCAAAGGGCAACUCUUCUCAGGUUACCCUUAUCAAGGAGUACCGACAGAAGAUCGAGGCCGAGCUUGCCAAAAUCUGCGACGACAUUCUCGAGGUUCUCGACCAGCACCUUAUUCCCUCUGCCAAGUCUGGCGAGUCCAAGGUUUUCUACCACAAGAUGAAGGGUGACUACCACCGUUACCUUGCUGAGUUCGCCAUCGGUGAUCGCCGCAAGGACUCUGCCGACAAGUCCCUCGAGGCCUACAAGGCUGCUACUGAGGUUGCCCAGACUGAGCUUCCUCCCACUCACCCUAUCCGCCUGGGUCUUGCCCUUAACUUUUCAGUUUUCUACUACGAAAUCCUCAACGCCCCUGACCAGGCUUGCCACUUGGCCAAGCAGGCAUUUGACGACGCUAUUGCUGAGCUCGAUACCCUGAGCGAGGAGAGCUACAAGGACUCUACACUGAUUAUGCAACUGCUCCGUGACAAUCUUACUCUCUGGACCUCCUCUGAGGCCGAGACCUCCGCUGCUGGUCAGGCCGAGGCUCCCAAGGAGGACGCACCUGCGGCCGCUACCGAGGAGCCAGCUGCCCCGGCCGAAGAGCCCAAGGCCGAGUAA